AUGCCCAUCCCCAUCAUUGCCCAGGCUAUCCGGGAUGGCAUUUCGUCCAUCCCGUAUGCCUGGACAUUCAUCCGCAUAGCUCCAUGGGUGCUAAUCUUCGCGGCACUGAAAUACUAUUUCGAAGGAGCCCGCAACCGCUCCGAGCGCAUGAUGCGAUCCAAAGUGGUAAUGGUGACGGGUGGAACCUCCGGGAUAGGCGCAGAAGUAGCCCGGGAGCUCGCAAUUCGCGGCGCUCAAGUUAUCCUCCUUACCCGCCAACCACCCUCCGAUCUCUACCUCUCCGAAUACAUCGACGAUCUGCGCGCUAGCACCAAAAACCCUCUAAUCUACGCCGAACAGGUUGAUCUCUCCUCCCUUCACUCAAUCCGCACCUUCGCUACAAAAUGGAUCGACAACAUCCCACCCCGCCGACUAGACUGCGUAAUCCUCGCCGGCGGCACAUCCGAGCCCUCCUCGCCUCGCAAUCUAACAACAGAUGGCAUUGACCCAGAAUGGCAAAUCAACUACCUGGCAAACUUCCACCUCCUCAGCAUCCUCAGUCCGGCGCUCCGCGCACAGCCCGCACACCGCGACGUGCGCAUUGUCUUCGCAACGUGCGCGAGCUACAUCAGCGGCAAAUUCAGUGAUUUGGACUCCGUGGCGCGCGGCAAGCAAAUGGUGGUAAAGAAGCGCACGAAGACUUCUCCGCCGCUGUACGCGCGGCCCAAAGGCGUUUACGCGCUCAGCAAGCUGGCUUUGAAUAUCUUUGCGCACUCGUUCCAGCGGCAUUUGAAUGCUUAUGAGCGGCCGGAUGGUCUGCCGCCUUCUACGCGGGUGAUCGUUGUUGAUCCUGGAUUCACGCGGACUCCGGGGAUGCGGCGGUGGUUGAGUGGUGGGUCACUGUGGGGUCUUGCGUUGUACUUGCUCACGUGGCCUAUUUGGUGGCUGUUGUUUAAGUCGCCUGCGCAGGGUGCGCAGAGUAUUCUGUAUGCGGUUAUGGAGCAGCAGUAUGGACGGAGUGGGGGUGGAUGGUUGAUUAAGGAGUGUCGGCAAAUGGACUUUGCGCGGGCGGACGUGGGGAAUGACGAAGUGGGGAAGAAGCUUUGGGAGUUUAGUGAAAAGAUGAUUGAGGAGGCGGAGAAAGAGAGUGCUGUUCUGAGGGCUUUGGAGAAGAAGGAGGCUGAGGUUGAGAAGGCGAAGAAGGAGGUGGCUGAGAAGAAGGGGAAGAAGACUGAAGGAUCGAGGAGGAGUCGGAAGGCUCAGAAAUAA